UGUGCAUUUACACAAGGUUGGCAAGUCUGCGUUGAUGUUCCGCUUCCUCUGUCGUUGGUUGGCAAUGCGCUCACUUCAAAUCUCAAUUUGCUUGCUUGGGCCGUUCAUGAAUUAUACCUGAGCGUCUUACUGCUACUCCUCUUAAAUGCUGAUCCUGUGAAUACAUACCAGGAAACUUACUUGCAACUUCUCCAGUUCCAGCAUGAGUGGGCGAAAAUUGGUCUGGAUUCUAGGAGACAAAAACUUAACACCGGAACUUUUUUUGGCGAGUAUUUUGUGGUGUGUGCACUCUAUACAUUAUUUGUUGGAGUGACAAUUGACUUUUAAAUAUAGGUUGUAUGAAAAAAAUGGGUGGAAUGAAACUUUUUCUGCCUUUUUAUUCUGUAAAACUCUCUAAUGUAAUUGAAAAGGUCUUUGGAGUUUGAUAUAAAAAUUAAGUUACAUUCUUAAUUUUACAGAAGUAUUGAUCUUCCAAUGUCUGGAUGGAUGGAUUUUGAAGUGUCAACUGCAUACAUAUUUGUUAUAUUGAUCAUGUUUUUAUUACUUGCAAGUUGUGAUACAAUUUUAUUGAAGUAAAAGUAAACUAGCUACUUGUUUCCUUGAGAAUGAGGUUAUCACUUACCUUCAUUUUUAGAAAUAUAUAAAAUAUUUUUAAUCUACAAUAAUUUUAAAUAUUUGUUUUCAAAUUAGUGAAGAAAGUACCAGUUUUUAUACUUGAAAGACAAGAACAUUUAUGGGAAAAUGGAUGAUUUAAUGCAGAGUCCUAGUUCAAGCUGGCAGAUAAAAUGUCUUGAGCCUGGCAAUUUGAG